UUUCACUUCUGUGCGUGUUGGAGAACGGAGGACCGCAUCAAUCCUUUACGUGAACGUGGACGGGAGGGUUGCCUGUAAAAAUCUUAAGAAGCCAUGCAGAAGGAGCCUCUGCUGUUGCCGUUACUCUUAGCUACAGUUUUGGGUGCAGCCCGCGAAAGAGAGCAGAACGUCACGGAUGCAAUCUGCGUGUUUCAAGCAGGCAAUGCAAGCGGUUACGUUUCUUUUCACCAGGAUCCCGACAGCAAGAAUGUGACCGUCUUUGGCAACAUAACCAACAUACCGGAUGGGAAGCAUGGUUUUCACGUUCACGAAUACGGCGACUUGUCGAACGGUUGCUUGUCGACGGGCUCCCACUAUAAUCCAAACAACAAGAAUCAUGGUGCUCCGAAUGCGGAAGACCGUCAUGUAGGAGACCUGGGAAACAUCGUAGCAGAUGACUGUGGUGUCGCAGUAGUUAAUCUGACGGACCAUCUUCUGUCUCUAAACGGCGAGAACUCCAUCAUUGGCCGUGCUGUUGUGGUACACGCAGGCACGGAUGAUCUCGGCCUUGGCGGUCAAAAUGACAGUAAGACAACAGGACACGCAGGAGGCCGCCUAACUUGCUGUGUCAUUGGGAUUCGGUCAAAAUCCCAGAAGUAAAAAUAUAAAAUACAUGUAAUCUUC